UAUGUUUCCAAAUGGGUGGAAGCAAAGGCCACUAGGACUAAUGACUCUAAGGUUGUUGCAGAUUUUAUCAAGUCUAACAUCUUUAGCAGGUUUGGAAUGCCUAGAGUUCUCAUUAGUGAUGGAGGAUCCCAUUUUUGCAAUCGGACGAUUGAGGCUCUCUUGAAGAGAUAUGAUGUCACACAUAAGGUUUCUACACCUUAUCACCCACAAACUAGUGGGCAGAAGGAGGCCAAGCCCAGAUUGAUUCGAUGGAUCCUGUUGCUUCAAGAAUUUGACCUAGAGAUCAAGGACAAGAAGGGCUGCGAGAAUGUGGUGGCGGACCAUUUGAGCAGGAUAGUACACGAGGAGGACGUCCAGCCCCUACAGGAAACUUUCCCAGAUGAGCAGCUCUUUGGGAUAGAGGUUAGUGUGCCCUGGUAUGCGGAUAUAGUUAACUAUUUAGUCACUAGGACAUUUCCUGACACACUUUCCAAAGCUAGUAAGGAUAAAUUGAAGAAAAUGGCUAGGCACUUUAUUUGGGAUGAGCCCUAUUUAUGGAAACAUUGUAGUGACCAAGUCAUUAGGAGAUGUGUCCCAGAGUCUGAGUCUUGUGAUAGGUGCCAACGGACUGGUAAUCUUGGCCCAAAAGAUCAAAUGCCCAUGAGCCCAAUAAUAAAUGUAGAAAUUUUUGAUGUUUGGGGCAUUGACUUUAUGGGCCCAUUUCCCUCGUCUAAUGGUUGUUUAUAUAUACUAUUGGCUGUGGACUAUGUAUCAAAGUGGGUGGAAGCAAAAGACACCCGGACUAACGAUUCAAAAGUGGUUGCAGGUUUCUUGAAAACUAACAUAUUUUCCAGGUUUGGAGUGCCACGUGUGCUAAUCAGUGAUGGAGGUUCUCACUUUUGCAACCGUACAAUCGAGGCUUUGCUGAAGAAGUAUGGGGUAACCCAUAAGGUGUCCACGCCCUACCACCCUCAGACCAGUGGCCAAGCAGAGGUAUCCAACAGGGAGAUCAAGAGGAUACUCGAGAAGACAGUGGGCCCGACAAGGAAGGAUUGGAGCCAGAGAUUGGAUGAUGCGUUGUGGGCCUACAGAACGGCCUACAAGACGCCUAUUGGGAUGUCUCCCUUUAGGUUGGCCUACGGAAAGGCAUGCCACCUUCCAGUGGAGCUAGAGCACAAGGCUUGGUGGGCUGUCCAGAAGUUCAACAUGGAUUAUGAUGAAGCGGGCCUACAUAGGAAGCUACAGCUAAAUGAGCUUGAGGAGAUAAGGAAUGAGGCCUACGAUGCUUCAUGGAUCUACAAGGAGAAGACAAAGGCCUACCAUGACAAAAUGAUUCGCGGAAAAAGCUUCCAAGUGGAUGGAUAUUCUGGUUACAACCAGAUUGCAAUUGCAAAUGAAGAUCAAGAGAAGACAACCUUCACUUGCCCCUUUGGAACAUUUGCCUAUAGACGUAUGCCCUUCGGACUUUGCAACGCUCCAGGUACGUUUCAGAGAUGUAUGGUAAGUAUCUUUUCAGAUUAUAUUGAGAAAAUCAUAGAGGUAUUCAUGGAUGACUUUUCAGUUUUUGGAAAGAAUUUUGAUGAUUGUCUUAAUAAUCUGGAAAUAAUUCUGAAACGAUGCAUGGAAACUAACCUUGUCUUAAACUGGGAAAAAUGUCAUUUUAUGGUUAAGCAAGGAAUAGUUCUAGGACAUAUUGUCUCUGCUAGGGGUAUAGAGGUUGAUAAAGCCAAGGUUGAUAUUGUGCGUCACUUACCCUCUCCCACUUCUGUGAGAGAGAUUCGUUCUUUCCUUGGCCAUGCAGGUUUUUAUAGGAGGUUCAUCAAGGACUUCUCUCAGAUUUCGAGACCCUUAUGUCAACUACUCCAGAAGGAUGUGCCCUUCCACUUUGACAAGGAGUGUCAAGAAGCUUUUGACAAGCUUAAGGAGUUGUUGACGUCUGCCCCCAUCAUGUUACCUCCAGAUUGGUCCCUGCCCUUUGAGUUGAUGUGUGAUGCCUCUGACUAUGCAGUUGGAGCUGUUUUGGGGCAAAGGAAGGACAAGCUACCCUAUGCCAUCUACUACGCGGAUGGAUAUUCUGGUUACAACCAGAUUGCAAUUGCAAAUGAAGAUCAAGAGAAGACAACCUUCACUUGCCCCUUUGGAACAUUUGCCUAUAGACGUAUGCCCUUCGGACUUUGCAACGCUCCAGGUACGUUUCAGAGAUGUAUGGUAAGUAUCUUUUCAGAUUAUAUUGAGAAAAUCAUAGAGGUAUUCAUGGAUGACUUUUCAGUUUUUGGAAAGAAUUUUGAUGAUUGUCUUAAUAAUCUGGAAAUAAUUCUGAAACGAUGCAUGGAAACUAACCUUGUCUUAAACAGGGAAAAAUGUCAUUUUAUGGUUAAGCAAGGAAUAGUUCUAGGACAUAUUGUCUCUGCUAGGGGUAUAGAGGUUGAUAAAGCCAAGGUUGAUAUUGUGCGUCACUUACCCUCUCCCACUUCUGUGAGAGAGAUUCGUUCUUUCCUUGGCCAUGCAGGUUUUUAUAGGAGGUUCAUCAAGGACUUCUCUCAGAUUUCGAGACCCUUAUGUCAACUACUCCAGAAGGAUGUGCCCUUCCACUUUGACAAGGAGUGUCAAGAAGCUUUUGACAAGCUUAAGGAGUUGUUGACAUCUGCCCCCAUCAUGUUACCUCCAGACUGGUCCUUGCCCUUUGAGUUAAUGUGUGAUGCCUCUGACUACGCAGUUGGAGCCGUUUUGGGACAAAGGAAGGAAAAGCUGCCCUAUGCCAUCUACUACGCCUCAAGGACUCUCAAUGAUGCACAAAUGAAUUACUCCACCACAGAGAAAGAGCUCCUUGCAGUUGUCUUUGCCCUUGAGAAGUUUCGCUCUUACUUACUUGGUACCAAAAUUACUAUCUUUACUGACCAUGCAGCUUUGAAAUACUUGAUGACCAAGAAGGAGGCGAAACCAAGGCUUAUCAGAUGGAUCCUACUCUUGCAAGAGUUUGAUGUGGAAAUCAAGGACAAGAAGGGUAGUGAAAACGUGGUAGCUGAUCAUUUGAGUCGCUUGGUGCAUGAAGAAGACCAUCUCCCUCUGUAUAGACGUAUGCCCUUCGGACUUUGCAACGCUCCAGGUACUUUUCAGAGGUGUAUGGUAAGUAUCUUUUCAGAUUAUAUUGAGAAAAUCAUAGAGGUAUUCAUGGAUGACUUUUCAGUUUUUGGAAAGAAUUUUGAUGAUUGUCUUAAUAAUCUGGAGAUAAUUUUGAAACGUUGCAUGGAAACUAACCUUGUCUUAAACUGGGAAAAAUGCCAUUUUAUGGUUAAACAAGGAAUAGUUCUAGGACAUAUUGUCUCUGCUAGGGGUUUCUAUAGGAGGUUCAUCAAGGACUUCUCCAAAAUUUCGAGACCCUUAUGUCAACUACUCCAGAAGGAUGUGCCAUUUCACUUUGACAAGGAGUGUCAAGAAGCUUUUGACAAGCUUAAGGAGUUGUUGACAUCUGCCCCCAUCAUGUUACCUCCAGACUGGUCCUUGCCCUUUGAGUUAAUGUGUGAUGCCUCUGACUACGCAGUUGGAGCCGUUUUGGGACAAAGGAAGGAAAAGCUGCCCUAUGCCAUCUACUACGCCUCAAGGACUCUCAAUGAUGCACAAAUGAAUUACUCCACCACAGAGAAAGAGCUCCUUGCAGUUGUCUUUGCCCUUGAGAAGUUUCGCUCUUACUUACUUGGUACCAAAGUUACUAUCUUUACUGACCAUGCAGCUUUGAAAUACUUGAUGACCAAGAAGGAGGCGAAACCAAGGCUCAUCAGAUGGAUCCUACUCUUGCAAGAGUUUGAUGUGGAAAUCAAGGACAAGAAGGGUAGUGAAAACGUGGUAGCUGAUCAUUUGAGUCGCUUGGAUGUCUGGGGUAUAGAUUUCAUGGGACCUUUCCCUUCAUCUUUUGGGUUUCUCUAUAUCUUACUUGCAGUGGACUAUGUUUCCAAAUGGGUGGAAGCAAAGGCCACUAGGACUAAUGACUCUAAGGUUGUUGCAGAUUUUAUCAAGUCUAACAUCUUUAGCAGGUUUGGAAUGCCUAGAGUUCUCAUUAGUGAUGGAGGAUCCCAUUUUUGCAAUCGGACGAUUGAGGCUCUCUUGAAGAGAUAUGAUGUCACACAUAAGGUUUCUACACCUUAUCACCCACAAACUAGUGGGCAGGCUGAGGUCUCUAACCGUCAGAUCAAGGGGAUAUUGGAGAAGACUGUGAACCCUAACAGGAAGGACUGGUCCUUGCGUCUAGAGGAUGCUUUGUGGGCCUACAGAACUGCAUACAAAACUCCCAUAGGUAUGUCACCAUAUCGAAUUGUCUAUGGCAAACCAUGCCAUUUACCUGUGGAGUUGGAGCACAAAGCUUGGUGGGCUGUGAAGCAGUUCAACAUGGAUAUGGAUGCAGCUGGGCUUCAUAGGAAGUUGCAAUUGCAAGAGUUAGAGGAGAUAAGGAAUGAUGCCUUUGAAAGUGCUAAAAUUUACAAGGAUAAGACUAAGGCAUUCCAUGACAAAAUGAUUCGAAGAAAGACUUUUGUUGUGGGUCAAAAAGUUCUUCUCUUC